GAAUAUAGAGGAUAGAUUUCUAUUAUGGCUUCCGUUUUUGAUGAUUUUAAGGCAGCUCAUACGCUCCAGUCGGGACCUAUCCUGGCCGCUGCUCUUACACCAGCUGCAACACCAGAAGAUCCCCAUCGCCUACUGAACUUUGUCCGUGUCACAAACAGCGCCAACUCCGAGGGUGAUAUUCGCCAUCAUCUUCUCUACGACAGACACACGGGAGUCAAGCUGAGCAAACAACAAGGCAAUGCUUGGGUCAGUGUCGUGAACGCCUUUUGGGUCACUGCCGUAGAGUUAGUGAAGAUUGAAGAAUACUCCCCACGGGGAAGUUGGCUAAAGGUGUUUGAGGCCUGGAAGGAGUUUGUCAAUCAACUGAUUAGGGGCUAUUCAAAUAAUCAUUUCCCGUCAUGGACGAUACCUUGUCUAUAUAUGGCUGGAAAGUAUCUUCGCGCUUUUGCCAUCAAGGCGGAUGCAUCGGAUGCAUCUCAGAGUGCAGGCGGUUAUGGCAAUGGGUUCCAGGACGAUGUGGUGUCUGCGGAGAAGAAUGCCAAUCUUGAAGAUGCAGCGAGGACGAUUAACAGAAUGUUUACUCUCUGCCUAGGUGACCGGGCUCCUAUUGAGGAAUCACGAAAAUGGGGAAUCUACGAGACAACGAACCUUUUGUUCAAGACAUACUUCAAGUUAAACCAAGUUGGGCUGUCAAAAAGUGUGCUCCGUGCUCUGGAUGCAUCAUCAGCAGACAUUCCACAGCCUUUUCAGUUUCCGAAAUCUCAUAUUGUGACUUUCAAUUAUUAUGUUGGGCUUAUUAACUUUUUAGAGGAAAACUAUAAGGAGGCCGAAGAAAGUCUUACUCAAGCAUGGCUUAUGUGUAAGAAAGACGCGUGGAAGAAUAAAGAAUUAAUCUUAACGUAUCUAAUACCCUGCCAUCUCGUCACCACCCAUCGCCUCCCCAGCAAACAACUCCUAGCCCCAUUCCCACGUCUAGAACGCCUCCUCCGACCGCUAUGCGACUGCAUCCGACAAGGAAACCUCGUCGGCUUCGACGCCGCCAUGUCAGCCGGCGCAGAUGAUUUCGUCAAACGUCGGAUCUAUUUGCCUCUUGAAAGGGGUCGAGAUCUCGCUCUCCGAAACUUGUUUCGAAAAGUUUUUAUUGCUGGAGGAUUUGAGCCUGCUACUGCAUCAGAUUCAGUGCCGAUUCGUCGCACUCGUAUACCGCUAACGGAGUUUGCGGCUGCUUUGCGUAUUGGGAAUAAAUCAGAUGAUAAAGCGCGCAUUGAUAUGGAUGAAGUGGAGUGUUUAUUGGCUAAUAUGAUAUACAAGAAUAUGAUGAAAGGCUACAUUUCGCGAGAACGUGCUACCGUUGUGUUAAGCAAGUCUGGUGCAUUUCCGGGCACAGGGGUCUGACACCCUUUGGUUAGAUAAUAUGAUUCUUCAGCGCAGUCUUACAACUAUCGCAGUAAGAAUCAUUACUGACGACAGACCCUAUCAGCAAACUUCCACCAAUCUCCGCAUGGUCAGAUGCAGCGUCCAACAAUGAGAUUGCAGAUUGCACAGCAGAGCCAUGAGUUUCAAUAACGAGUUAUGCUCCUGAACAGAUGCCAAGCUAUCACCAAAUAGCCAUCAUCAUAUAUGCGAGCAGCCUACCUUGCAUCUACAUAUGCUCCAGGCUGACAUUCAUGCAUGCUACUGUGACUCAAUUCUGAUUGAGUAAUGGACAUUAAGUCUACCUUAAGCACCAAUUUACCUACGUACACAUCAACUUGUAGCAUUACGAGGAUACAUCUACACCUCGAAUGGAAUCAAUCCUAUCAUUAU